AGGCCUUGGUAGGUUCUUUUUUUGUUUUCCUCACUUGAUUUAAGUGCCUGUUUUUUUCUUGAUUUCUGCGGCUCUUACUUUGCCACAACAGAUCGUAAAACAUGGCUUCCUUCUAUGAUGAGGUUGAAAUUGAAGAUAUGGAAUUCAUUGAAGAAGACCAAGUUUAUGUAUAUCCUUGUCCUUGUGGGGAUAAGUUUGAGUUAUACUUGGACGAUAUAAAGGAUGGUGACGAUAUAGCUCGCUGCCCUACUUGUUCCCUCGUCAUCAGAGUUAUUUACGAUCCUGAAGAUUUUGUCGAUGGAGAAGAGGAUGAAGAUACAGCGUUUGAAGUAGAUACCAGCAUUGCUGUUUGAAAAACCAUCCACUUGUUUUCUGCAGCAUAUUACCCUCAUUCAUCUGUUUAUAUAUGACAAUUUUAAAAGUAAACCACAAUAUCAUUGUAGUUAUAUUAUGCUAGCACUGUAAUAUUUCAGUGAUCAACUAUCGACAAUCAACAGCUAGUGCAGCAAAAUAGUCUUUAGUGUCAAAUCAAUCCACAUCAUUUGUAAAAGAGUUUUUACUCUUUUUUUUAUCUUUAUUU